GAUAAAUAAUUUUUGCAGUGUUCACAUGGAGGAAGUUAAAAGUUCUAGGCGCUAAUUAUGACGUCAGCACUAGAAGAGAAAAAUCGUGAAAUUAUCAACUAUGCGAUUAGUCACUUCACAGAGGUCAUCGUCAGUCCAGAGUUUCUUGACUUUUCGCCAGAAUUUCUUAAUUAGAUUUUAAGCGCUGAUAACCUCCACAUUGACUGUGAAGUGGAUAUCUUUCAGGCCAUCAUGAGAUGGUACGAACAUGAUAAGAAUGCACGUGCUACAAACCUUUCGUUACUAAUGAGCUCUCUGAGGCUGGAGCAUUUCGAUGGCACAUUUAUAGACAAAAUUAUGAAACCUCUACCGGGUUGUGAACAGUUAGCAGAAAAGGCAUUAAAAUUGAUCACAACAUCAAUGAAUAACGGGGGCUAUACAAAAGCGGAAAAUGAACGGAAAUGUUGCGGAUUGUUGAUUUUAAACGAUGUAAAAAAAUUAAAAUACAUCCUUCGCUAUAAUUCAGCGCUGAAGAAAUGGCAAAAAUGCUUCGAACUUAAAUUCAGAGACUAUAGCUAUGGAUUGAUUUACUACGAGAGUAGUCUGUUCUUUAUUGGUGGCCGCGGCCGAGGCGUCCAAAGAAACAAUACUGUUAAACGAUUUAAUAUGGAAACAUUUACGUGGUUGGAAAUGGCAAGCAUGUCCCAGCGUCGUGAUGAUCUGUGUGUUGUGAUGCUAAAUGAAAAGAUUUACGCUUUUGGUGGGCAUGAUGGUGGCGAUCCUUUCAAUACAGUUGAGAUGUUUGAUAUAUGCACUAAUCAUUGGCAAGUACUGCCGGCAAUGUCAGCUCACAGAUAUGGUGCCAGCGCUAUCGUAUACGAAGAAAAAAUCUACAUAUUCGGUGGAUUGGGCAUUGACUGUCAGCCCUUGAGUACAGUUGAAUGUUAUGAUCCAAAAACCAGCAGUUGGACGACAUGCAGCAAUAUGAAUGGGGCGCGCGGUUGGCCUGGCAUUACCAUAUUAAAUGAAUUCAUAUUUCUGAUUGGUGGCUACAAUGAGGGCAUGUUAAAUACAGUGGAGCGCUACGACCCAAAACAGAAUAUAUGGCUCGAGGUCGCACCGUUAAAAGUAGCCCGCUUCGGCAUCUGCGCCAUCACUGUCGGCAAACGGAUAUGGGCGCUCGGCGGCCAUGAUGUGUAUACAGUGGAAGAAUAUAAUUUUGAAAAUAAUGAGUGGAACGAAAAAACGGCAUUACCAAUUUAUGGUCUACACAGCUAUGUGGAAGUGCCAAGUCAACUGGUUAAUAGAAUGCAAACAAUUUGUGUAAAAGAAAAGGUGAACUGUGAACGGUUCUAGCUUAUUAGCACGCAUUGUGCGACGUGGACACGCAUUGAGGCGAUUUCAUUUGUCCACCGAGGUCAUUCGUCGAUU